ACAGGAAGGACACCCAGUGUGUUACGCUUCAAGAACUUUAAACAACCACGAAAAAAACUAUUCGGCGACCGAUAAAGAGUUUUUGGCUAUAAUGUGGAGUGUUAACUACUUUAGACCAUACGUCUAUGGCAAAAGAUUCAAAAUUCUAACUGACCAUCAACCCAUAAAAUUUUUACACUCUAAAUACAGAGGAAAGGACAUGUCACCACGACAUCAGAGAUGGCUAUUAAAACUAGGAGAAUAUCAAUUUGACAUUGAAUAUUUGAAGGGUAAGGAAAAUAAAGUAGCCGAUUUCUUGAGCAGAAUAGAACAUAGUCAAGAUAUUACUGCGGAAAAGAUUGAGAACGAUAUUGAUGACAUUAAUAUGGAUACAACCGACUAAAGGACUACUGACAUCUACAAAAUUGACGGAUCAGGUUGGAUUCAUAGACAUUCAAAUGCGAACUCAAGAGAUAGUCAAAGAUACAGAUAUAGUAUUACACUUAAUAAAUAUAAAAGAAAUAGAAAGUGUAGUUAAUGAAAUGACUGACAAUAUUAUUCUAAUGAAAACGAACAAUAAGGACAUUUUACACGCAGAGUUGUUAGAAACUAGAAAUAAACUAAUGACUUUAGUACCAAACCCAAAAAGAAAAGCAAGGGGUCUAGAAAAUGCAAUAGGUAGUGUAUCCAAAUGGAUGUUUGGUACAAUGGACGAUAAUGAUAGACAAAUUAUUCAAAAUCAUCUGCUAAAGACAGACGAGACAGUAAAUGAACAGAUACACAUAAAUGAUUAUUUUAAUUUAGCGAUAGAACAAAUAAAGAAUAUUGUAAGAAAUGAUAGAAAAGAAAUUGGAAAAAGUGUUAAUGUUAUAAAUAAGAUAAUAGAUGAGGAAUAUCAACAAAUAUUCUAACAAACCAUGAAAUUACCAAAUACAACAUUGAUUUUAACAAAUUAAAAUAUUUGCAAUUAGGAACUGCAACCUUUAAUAACACUUAUUUGAUAUUUGGCAUUAAAAUACCAAUACAUUUUAUAGAAGUCAAAAUAAGAAAAAUUGUACCAAUAACAAAUAGAGAUCAA